UUCGAGAUCCCGAUUAGUUUUGGCAGCAACCUUUAGGGGGACCCGCCAUGGAUCCAGUACAGGCCUUUGCUGACCUGAUUGGCACUCCGCGCCCAGCCGCGACUUUCUUGCUAGCUAGUUUCGCCUUCGUGCCUAUCGCUUGGCUUCACAGAUUCGUCUCCUCGCCUACACUCCGCCACUUGUACUGCACAGUAACGGGACUGAUAUUAUCGGCGUGCGUAUUCGGAUGGACUGCCGACGCGCAUUUCUUCGCGUGCAUCGUCUAUUCCAUAGCCGUCAUGCGCCUGUUCCGGAGGCAAUGCGGCUUCCUGACAUUCCUGGGAACGUUCGCAUAUCUAAUCGGAUGCCACAUCAUCAUGCGCACUCACGAGACCCGCACGGAGGGCGUGCUCGACUGCACCGGCGCGCUCACCGUCCUCGCUACAAAGCUCACCGCCGUCGCGUAUAACUACCAGGACGGGCUCACGCUGCUCAAGGAGAAGGAUCAAGGCGCGAAGGCGAAGGACGCGCAGGAGAAGGAGGAGUUAACCGACGAGCAGAGGCGGCGCGAGGAGCGCAUGGAGCGUUCGCGAUUGGAGCGGCGAAAGGCGGCGCUGGUUACCAUGCCUUCGUUGCUGGAGCUGAUGGGGUACCUCUUCUGCUUCGGGCUGCACAUGACCGGCCCGUUCUUCGAAUUCAAGGCGUACGACGACUGGACCACGAAACAAGGGAUUUGGUCCCCCACGCUGAAGCAGCCGUCCGUCCUCCCGCCCUUCUUCCGCGCGUUCGUGCAGGGCAUCCUGGCGGCGCUCGUCUUCCUGCUGGUGUCCCCUUCCCUGGACCUCACGCGCAUCAGCGACCCCCUCAAGAACCGCGCCUACCCCUUCCAUCUGCGCUGGCUCUUCGCGCACCAGGCCAGCCUCGUCUGGCGCUUCCGCGCCUACAUCCUCUGGAGCAUCACAGAGGCCGCCAUGGUCAUUGGCGGGCUCGGCUUCACCGGCUGGGAGGCCGCCAAGGGGGAGGCUGUGAAGAGGGGAGGGGUGAAGGGGGAAGCAGCGGGGAAACAGCUGAAUGGGAAUGGGGAUGGGGAUGGGGAUGCGAGCAAACCGGAGGAUGAUAAGACCUGUGCAGCGCCUGUUGGGGAGGGCAAGGCGCUGUGGAGCCGGGCUCGGAAUGCAGACAUCUUGGGGUUCGAGUUUCCCAAGAGCUGCCUCGACUUCGCCACCACCUGGAACAUCAGCUACGGCCUCUGGCUGAGACUCUAUGUGUACGAGCGCAUGGUCCCCCCUGGCAGGAAGGCCAACUUCUUCCACAUGCUCGCCACCAUGUUCGUCAGCGCUGUCUCCCAUGGCCUGAAUUGGGGCGACUUCAUCUUCUUUGCCAACUGGGCGCUUGUUGUUGCCAGCUCUAAAGCCAUCUACCAGCUGACCAGUGGUAUCCCCAAGGGCACCAUCGCCCACCGCAUUGUGGCAGUGCUGCACACGCUCUACGGCAUCUUUGUGUGCAGCUACAUGGCCAGCGCCUUCUGUGUCAUGACACUAUCAGGCGCAUACUCGGCCUACAGUGGCAUGUACUACACCGGAACAAUCAUCCCCAUCUUUCUCAUUGUUUUGUCAAUGGUGUACAAGCCCCGUCGCCCAAAGCGUGUCAAGUCAGAGUAGCAUACGAGUAGGUAGCUUGACAUGGUAGACGCAUCUUUAGACAAGUUGGAAGCGUAGCCUGACACGGUAGAAGCAUCGUUGGACAAUGUAUGAGCAAGCAAAAACACGCAUGUAUCAUGCACAUCAAUGCAUUUUUUCAAGGAG